ACGGAACAUGGCCGACCUCUCAAAAUACUGAGCUGAUGAUGGGGCGAAUAAACAGCGAUAAAAUACCCUUGACUUCCCUCUCUGCGGGAUUCAGGAGAUUUUGAGGUGAAGGAAAACACUACAGAGGAUAUCUGACAACUGUACAUUUAUAAGAUUAAACCAUCAUGUCUAGUUUUAUGGAGAAUGGCCCCAGUAAUCACAAUGGGGAGGCCGAGCAGGUGUGGGAGAGACCCUGGACACUGGAAGAGAUGCAGAAAUCCAGCACCAACUGGUCACUGGCAGCAGACUCUGGGCUGUUUCUUUUCCUGCGAGACUUCUCUCAGAGGAUGCUUUCCAAGACGCAUGAGAUUGAGAAGCAGCUGGACGGUCUCAUUCGGGACACUAAAGCCACCGACAGCCAGCUACAUACAGUGUUUAAUGAUUUCCUCAUGCUGUCCAACACACAGUUCAUCGAAAACAGAGUUUAUGAUGAAGAGGUGGAAGACCCUUCACCAAAGUCUGAAACCACCGAGAGACAACCUGAACAGGAGAAGACGCGAGAACAGAAGGAAGCAGAACUUAUUCCCAAAGUCCAAGAGGCCGUCAACUAUGGUCUGAAAGUCCUGGAAUCUGCUUUUGAACAGCUGGACAUUAAAGCAGGAAACUCGGACUCUGAGGAUGAGGAAGUUCCAGAAAAAGUAGAGCCUAUUUUGGAAGCAAAGGAUUUGUAUGUGGACAGGCCUUUGCCUUACUUGAUCGGGUCUCAAGCCUUUAUGGAUCAGGAUGAUGUUGGUCUGGGAGAUCUGUCCAGUGAUGAAAUGUCUAUUGGUAGUGACAGAGACAGUGUCCUUGAGAGUGAUGUCGACGAUGGCGAUGAGCAUUCUGACCAGGACGAUUACUCUGACCAGGAUGAGGAAGUCCAUGGCAACUUUAAGAAGAAACCGUCCAUUGCUAGUUACGAUGAUGCCGAUGAGGAGAACGACGAUUCUGACAUCUUUGGAGGGUCUGAUAAGGAUGAAGAUGAAGACGACCUCAAAAAGGACACUGGUGUACCAUCCUUUGCUGAUGAACUCGCAGCCAGAAUCAAAGGAGAGACUCAAAGCAAGUCAGAAGCGGAUCGCUCAUCAUUGUCAUCAGGCCCAUCCACCACCAGCAAGAAGAGUAAAACCAAGAAAGUGCCGAAACCUCAGGUGGAAGAUGAUCAGGAUGAGAUGUUCAGACCACCAACAAUGGAAGAUGAGGAAUAUUCUCCGUUCGGCGGGAAGGGUGGUCUCUUUAGUGGAGGCAAAGGCCUGUUUGAUGAUGACGAAGAGGGAGAUCUGUUUUCUGAAGCACCCAAAAAUGUGCCUGUGGAAAAGGAGAAGACAGUAGCACAGCCAACCGAGCCCCAUAAAAAGAAAAAAAUACCCACCGGCGCAGUCUCCAUCUUUCCUGGUAACAGCCUACUUGGCUCAGCAAAUGAUUCCGAGUCUCCAAAGAGCAGCGACAGCAGGAGUCCGGCGCAGCCUAAAGCCCAGCCGGCUCCGAAACGUGCCUCUAUUGGAGGAGGACUCUUUGACGAUGACGAAGAAGAUGAUGAUUUUUUCAGUGGAAAGACGCAAAGCAAAUCCACCCCUGGACAAGAUAAAAAAAUGCCAAAGAAAACCGUAGACCUGUUUGGGGAAGCUGAUGAGGAGGAGGAUGAAGAUGACGAUACAGCAAUGUUCAGUGGGAAAGCCAUUGCAGGUCUUCCUCAGCAGGACAUAAGAGCCAACGGAGAGGAGGAGACGCGUCCUCCUGAGAAAAAGCCUCCUGCUGGAGCCGUUUCAAUGUUUGGGCCUGGCACUAAAAAUAUACUGGAGGGUCUGAAGAAACGUCGGCCUUCCACAAGCGAAGAGUCUACCAAAUCUGAAGAGAGUGGACCUCCACCUGAAGCAGUCAAAUCUUUACCUGCUCUGGGAUCAGCAGAAAAAAUGCAGAGCAAGAGUCUGUUCUCAGAUGAUGAAGACUCUCAAAUAUUCUCAAGUGAAACUACAAGUAAAUCAAAGCCUACAACUCAGAACAAACCAAGUAAAGCUCCGCUCUCGAUAUUUGAUGAUGAAGAAGAAGAGGACCUGUUUUCAUCAACACCAAAGCCAGUUCCGGUCAAAAAAACAUCUCUGCCACCUAAGAACGCUUUAUCCAGUUCACUCUUCAGUGAUGAUGAGGAUCAGUGGAUGAGCUCAAAGCUCAACAAAGAAAGCCCCGAGGUGAAGCCCAGUGGAAUGAAGCCAAGUAUCAGCGCCCCCUCCAGGCUGCCCAGUGUCAAAACAACACACAAAGAUGGCCUGUUUGAAGAUAAAGAUGACGAGGAUCUGUUUGCAGCCACAAAUCAAUCAAGUAAGACGUCUUCUCAAAGAGUGUCUCUGUUAUUCGAGGAUGAAGAUGAUGAGGACAAAGAGCCACUUUUUGGCUUCAAAACGCCUGCAAUUAAAACUCCUCCUGAACCGAAGGCUUCUGGAGUUUCCUCUCUGUUUGAGUCUACUGAGGAGGACACUGGACCCAGUGUAGUCAAAGACAAGAUAGCAGAGGAGAAGAAGAAGCCUGUAGAGUCUGUUCUGUCCUCGGUCGACAGUUUUGAGGUGAAGAAGAAGCCUGCAGGAGCUGUGUGCCUUUUUGGUGGGAUCGAUAUAUUAGGAGACAAGGAAGACACCAUUAAAAAACCCACCAAGACUCAAGAGGAGAUUCCUGAUGACGAGUUACAAAAGGAGGGUCCACCGCCCAUGGAGAGUAAAGGGACCAAGACCAAGAAAACAGCUCUGAGUCUUUUUGAUGAGGACGAUGACGAUGACGAUUUCAGCACAGAUCAUAUAAUUCCUGCACCACAACCAUCCAAAUCUACAGAAAAGAAUGCACUGAAGGAUCACGGGCCCCGCAUGAAGAGCACGGGUGUGUUUCAGGAUGAGGAGCUGCUUUUCAGUCAAACACAACAGAGAGACAAUGAUCCUGAUGUAGACCUCUUCGCCACUUCUCCUAAACCAGCUGUGCCACCUCAGAGCUCUGUUAAAUCUGUCGCCCCAACACUGUUUGGGGAUGAUGAUGAAGAUGACCUCUUCAGUUCAGCAAAGCCUAAAGCUCCUCCGAAAGUACCAGAGAAGCCCAGCAAGCCUAAAACAAAUGAAAUCGACAAAUCCACAUCCACCUCAAGCAAGGAGCCCACAAACCCUCUAAAAUCUAAAAAAACCUCCUCACGGAUCGGAGAACUUCAAGCGGGCUUAGCAUUGAACACUGCGGGCCUCCUGCCAGGUGCUGUGCCACGGGCUCCAGGAGCUGUCAGUGUAAUCCCCGGACUGGCACACACUGGCCUUCCUGCAGCUGCCAGGACGAUGCCUGAUCAUCAGGGCUCCAGCGAGGGCAGCGUGAGCUUUGACUCACCCGCUCUGAUCAGCACACUGCUGAAUGCUAACAAGGGUCGAGCUAAAGGCGCAGGUAAACGGCGGCCACAGACGAGGGCAGCGAGACAUCUUGCAGCACAGCAGUCUGAUGAAGCUUCUGGUGAAAACGUCUCUGUUCAACACCAUGAACCAGCAAUGGCUGCUUCCCUCCCUCCCUUCAACCCUGUUUCAGUGCGACCCUCCGCGCUCACUAUCCCCGUCAGCGCCCCGGCUCCUGCCAAAAGCCCAGAUGAAGCAGUCCGGCCGAAGAGAUUUCUGGAGCCUACAGACGAUCUGUUUGAUUCUGAUGAUCUCUUCGCCACGAAGCCUGUUUCCUCCUCCAAACACAAAGUCAAAACCCCCGAGGAAGGCCAGAAGAAAGUCGCCAAGACAGAAGAUGUCACACCCUCAAAGAAAGACCAGGCCUCGUCUAUUUUCGACAGCCACGAGGAGGAUCUUUUCGCCACAGUGAAACCGAAAUCUGUCCAGAAAGCCAAACACAUGGCGUUUCUAGAUGAUGGUGGAGAUGAUAGUGAUGAAGAUAUUUUCGGAGCAGGAAAAAGUAAAAGCAUAGAGAGUAAAAACUCCAAAAAAGAGGCCAGCGCUGUAAAAUCUGACAUUUUUCAGGAUGAAGUGAAAGAGCCUCCCAAGACCCAGAAGAAGCCCAAGGAAGCGUCUUUGGAUGCAAGUUUGUUCGAUGACGAUGUUGAUAUUUUCGCUGACUUGACUGGCACCUCAAAGCCAAAGGAGAAGAAAGCAAAGAAGAAAGUGGAGACUAAAUCUAUAUUCGACGAUGACAUGGAUGAUAUCUUCUCGACUGGGACUACAAAACAAACAGUAAAGCCGUCCUCCAAGUCCAAGAAGAACGAGCCCAUCCAGGAGACCGCCUCAACCACAGAAACGGCCCACAAUAUUUUUGAUGAUCCCCUGAAUGCAUUUGGGGGGCCCUGAGUUUCCUUCAUAUCAGCUAUGUUUUUAACUCUGUAGCACUAUUCGUGGCCUAAAAGAAGGUAGACGUAAUCUAACACCAUUUGUGAAUAAUUUAAACUCUAAUCUGUGAAGUCAUCUGAUUGGUAAAUGAUGUAGCGUCAUCAAAUGGCAUUGACAUCUGCAACGGUUCAUGUGUCUUUUAUUAGCACUUUAAAGGUAAGAAUUGUGUGGUCGGGUGUAAAACAAGACAUUCCUUUGACAUUGUCAACUUGUAAGGUUUCAUUUUCCAGUGUGGUGCCAUAAUUCUAUGCCUGUGCGCCAACAUAAGUGCUUUUGUUGUUUUUAUAACUCGAGCUGAAGUUUUCUUGUGUUGCAUGUUAAAAAAGAUUUUUGGAAACUAAAGAAAAUAUAUUUUAUGAAACGAA